UGCUUAGCGACGGGAUCCAAGAUGGCGGGGUCUAGCAGCGUGUAUCCUCUCCCAAAGCUUUCCAACUCAUAUUUUCCCGCCAUACCACCAAAAGCACCACCACCAGCAGUUUCAUAUUCACAAGCUGUCAACGAGGCCCCUUACACUGCCCUCAGUGGAGUGAUAGUAGAUGGGAGAAUACCAGAUAGGCAUCCAGUGGAGCCGCGUUGCAGGGUGCGAAACCAGGUGGGACAGACCAACCGCUGGCGCCUCCCGGAGUCCUUGUACAGUGACCUACUGGGCAGCUCGCAGGCAGUGAAGGCCAUCACCAUGCCCUACAACCGCAGCAUGAUCAACAUCAUCACUGCCGAGUCUCCGAAGCUAUCCACCAACCUAGACCUGUCCAAGCCCUACACAUUCCGAGUCUCCAAUGACAGACCUCAAACACAGCCAAACUUGAUGCCGUCCCAGGCGUCUAAAGGAUCCAAACUGCUGACUCAUGACUUUAUGUCCUCGUCAGUUUCACCGACUUUGCCCGCUUCAGCUCCGAGUAGACCCCGAAGCAUAACGUCCAGUCUCCGUCCACUUCGGACAUUCACACCAAAGAAUGCCAGGCCAGUCACCCCAAAAGAUGUGUUCCUGUAUCACUCCAAGAAGAACAUGAGUUUUGUGGGACCAGAUGAGCAGCCAUUAGAGUGUGAUGUGAUCUUAGAGUGCCUGGGCCUCAGCUGGGAGCUUCACCGGCCAUUUCUCCAGAAGUCUGGAACCCUGGCCACUUUGCUGCUCUCUGCCCUGGACCCCACCUCACAGAAAUAUUAUCGAAGCUCUGCCUCUGAGACCCUGGAUAACUACAUUAAAAAGAGUGAAUUCUACAGCAAUGAAUACCGUGACAUCAGUCAGCGACUGAGCGUUGUGGGUGAUGCUCCUGGAGAAAAGAGGGGCGUCGGGCAUCCUGCUCACACAUCACAGCAGAGGACAGGAACAGUGGCAACAAUCACACUGGACAUAGAUGAUGCUCUGGUCACUAAAAGAGCUGUGGCUGUUGCCCUAGGCAACCUGUACCAUGAUGAACUGGAGGUUGAUGUGAAUGACGUGGCUGGAGUGCUGGUUGUAGCUACAAUCCUUGACUUCAAAUCCCUUGUUGAUGGGUGUUGUGACAUCAUGUUGAAGUCUAUCAGCUCCAAGACUGCAUGUACAUAUCACCACACUGCCUCUCAUUACCACCAAGACCAUGUGGUGGUGGCUUGUGAGCGAUGGCUGGAGCUUAAUCUCAUUCCAAAGUUGGCCUGUCAAAUACAGCUGAGAGAAAUGUCAGCCGAUCUGCUGCAAAGAAUACUGAAAUCUAACAGAUUGUUUGUGUACAACGAGUACAGCGUGUACAAGACGCUGGUCUACUGGCUGUUCCUGCAGGUGAACCCCGACAUCCAGCUCAUGCCUUCACACAGCUCCGUCCUGGCAUUUUUUAAUAGCUUAUCCAAGAACACUGCCUUACUGGAGAGAGACGAGAGUCUGAUGUAUGCUCCGCUGUUUGCAGCUGUACGACUACAUGGGAUCACAGACACUGGGAACAUUCAGGACAUGCAGAUAAUGAACAUCCUGCCGCAGAGAUGGCUGGUGGAUCUCCUCUCUCAGCACUAUCAUGCUCUCCAGGGUGGUGGAGACAUGUCUGCCCAGAAGAACUUCAACAUGUCAGCUGUGAGACAGGGCUUCGUUGUGGAUGAUGAGCCUCACUAUCACUCCGAGAUCCUCUCUCUCCAUGGCUUUCACUUUGAGCUGAAGGCUGUUCGCCAGAGCACAUCAGGAACUUAUGUCUUCUACAUGCAGCGUCUACGUCCUGGUGACCCUGUCCUGAGUUUCCGCCAGUGUGAGAGACACACCUUCUCCAUGCGUCAAGACCGUGAGGUGCGCUACUGUAUUACAGUGCAGUACAGCCAUCGAGGGGAGAACCACCUCACCACCACAGGGCUACUCACACACAAGUUUGGUCUUGGAGAGAAGACAAGCAAGAGUGAGGUGAUCAAGAUGGAAGGCCUGCGGAAGCCGAUCUAUGUGACGUAUGCUAUCAUGUUCCCUGCAUCCUGAGAGGCUCACAAUACAGAUAUGCGAUACUGUGAUAAAGCUGGCAUACAUUUCAGUUUGUCUAUUUUAUGAGUGGCAAUGUGCAAAUAAUAGUCAUAAUAUUUUAUUGGUUUUUAUAUACUUUAUUUUAUCCCUCUUGUACAUUGAGAUAUUAAUUUCUGGUCAAUCAGUAGGCAUGUGAGCAGAUGUAUAUGGAAAUAUGUAUACUUGUAUUGACUUGCAUCAGCUUGACUUGAAAAGUGUAUUUACAAAAACAUGUAUACAAAUCAACAUUAUAGAUUAGUAAUGGUGUAACCUUGAAUAAAUAGAUUGAAAUCAUUGAUGUUGGUGAGAUGUAUUUUUACUGAGUGUUGGGUGAUGCAUAUAUUUUUCAAAUGGUUUGCUGUUGUAUAUUACAUUGUAUUUACCCUGAAACAUAUGUUGGAAUCUCACAUUUUCAUUGUUUCCUACAUUAUAUGAUACAGAUUAGAUACUAAUUAAAUAAGUGCAUGUUGGAUGGUAACUCAUCCUGCAGAAAUAGGAGCUGGACAGCAGUGGCAGAAUUGCAAUCAUCUAAAUGUUAAAGCUUAGUACAAGUGAGCCCUUUUCACAUAUUUCUGGCUCUGCAGUGCCUUGCCCAAAGCCAGUGAUCUCCCUUCCUCUUGGAUCACUGACAUUAUUUGGCUACAUUUGUGCCUAUAUGUAUGUUGUUGUGGGUGAUUAGGUGUAACCCUGUGAUAUGUGUUACAGCUGUAUCUAUAUAUCGGUGUAACCCUGUGAUAUGUGUUACAGUUGUAUCUAUUGAUACUCAGUUUGGACAAAUGUUUCAUGGACAUCUCUAUGUCAUUCCAAGUUGUUGAUAGUGCACUUUAUGGAGAAAUAAAAUGUCUAUCAACCGA